AGCGCGCCAGAGCGCAGGAAGACACUCUAGCCACCCGGGAGACGUCGAAAGUCUUCCAGGGCCUUGCGGGAUCCGUAGCGGAUUCGGAAGGGGCCGGAACCCGAGCAGAGAGGGCGGGACUUCAGGGCGCCGAAGGAGGUAACAUCCGGGGUCCGCGCCACUCGGGGCGGGGGCGGAGCAAGGGAAGAGGGGCGGGGCUCGUUCUCGGGAACCGAACCUGGAAGGCCCAGCGACCCUGGAGUUGCCCCCCGGCUGUCAGGCCGCCGCCUUUCGCCAUUCCCCAUCCCUGCGCAGGGAUCUCCUGGCGGCGCCGCGGCUCCGAAGGCUUGGCCGCCAGGCAAAGGCUUCCUAAAAGACAGGAAAAAUGGAGGACUCUGUAAACCAAUUGCAGCCACUGAAUGAAAAGCAAAUAGCCAAUUCUGAAGGUGGAUAUGUAUGGCAAGUCACUGACAUGAAUCGACUGCACCGGUUCUUAUGUUUUGGUUCUGAAGGGGGUACUUACUAUAUCAAAGAACAGAAGCUGGGCCUCGAAAAUGCUGAAGCUUUAAUUAGAUUGAUUGAAGAUGGCAGAGGCUACGAAGUGAUACAGGAAAUAAAGUCAUUUAGUCAAGAAGGCAGAACCGCAAAGCAAGAGCCUUUGCUCUUUGCACUUGCCAUUUGUUCCCAGUGUUCUGACACAAGCACAAAACAAGCAGCAUUUAAAGCUGUUUCUGAAGUUUGUCGCAUUCCUACCCAUCUCUUUACUUUUAUUCAGUUUAAGAAAGACCUGAAGGAAAGCAUGAAAUGUGGUAUGUGGGGUCGUGCUCUCCGGAAGGCUGUCGCAGAUUGGUACAAUGAAAAGGGUGGCAUGGCCCUUGCUCUAGCAGUUACAAAAUACAAACAAAGAAAUGGCUGGUCUCACAAAGACCUGUUAAGACUGUCACAUCUUAAACCUUCCAGUGAAGGACUCGCCAUUGUGACCAAAUAUAUUACAAAGGGCUGGAAAGAGGUCCAUGAAUUGUAUAAAGAAAAAGCACUUCCUGUGGAGACUGAAAAAUUACUAAAAUAUCUGGAGGCAGUAGAAAAAGUGAAGCGUACAAAAGAUGAACUGGAAGUCAUUCAUCUAAUAGAAGAACAUAGAUUAGUUAGGGAGCAUCUUCUCACAAAUCACUUGAAGUCUAAAGAGGUGUGGAGGGCUUUAUUACAAGAAAUGCCUCUUACUGCAUUACUAAGGAAUCUAGGAAAAAUGACUGCUAAUUCAGUACUUGAACCAGGAAAUUCAGAAGUAUCUUUAGUAUGUGAAAAACUGUGUAAUGAAAAACUGUUGAAAAAGGCUCGUAUACAUCCAUUUCAUGUCCUAAUUGCGUUAGAAACUUACAGAAUAGGUCAUGGACUCAGAGGAAAGCUGAAGUGGUGCCCUUGUGAAGAAAUCUUGAAAGCACUGGAUGCUGCUUUUUAUAAAACAUUUAAGACAGUUGAGCCAACUGGAAAACGCUUCUUGCUGGCUGUCGAUGUGAGUGCUUCGAUGAACCAAAGAGUUUUGGGUAGUAUACUCAAUGCUAGCACAGUUGCUGCAGCAAUGUGCAUGGUCGUCACACGAACGGAAAAAGAUUCUUUUGUAGUUGCUUUUUCAGAUGAAAUGGUACCAUGUCCUGUGACUAAAGAGAUGACUUUACAACAAGUUUUAAUGGCUAUGAAUCAGAUCCCAGCCGGUGGAACUGAUUGCUCUCUUCCAAUGAUCUGGGCUCAAAAGACGAACACAGCUGCUGAUGUCUUUAUUGUAUUCACUGAUAACGAGACUUUUGCAGGAAAUGUCCAUCCUUCUGUUGCUUUGAGGGAGUACAGAAAGAAAGUGGAUAUUCCAGCUAAAUUGAUUGUUUGUGGAAUGACAUCAAAUGGUUUUACUAUUGCAGACCCAGAUGAUAGAGGCAUGUUGGAUAUGUGUGGCUUUGAUACUGGAGCUCUGGAUGUAAUUCGAAAUUUCACAUUAGAUAUGAUUUAACCAUAAGUAUCAGCAUGAUCUAGAAGAGGUCAGUUGCCACCAGUGAUCUCACUAAAAUACACAGCUACUUCCCACCUAAUCUCAAUCCAGUGAAAGAUGAUGGUACAGUGUGUACAUAAUGGAAGUUACUUUAUGAAAAAAGAUGGAAAAGAAGGAAGAAAAAUAAGAUGAACCCAAAGUUCUAGCCACGAAUCUAGCUUUUGGGAGGUGACUUCAAGAUACUAUAGCUUCCUCUAUCUUAAUAGAGAACUUCAUUUUAGUACACUGUACGACAGUUCACUCUAGUGAACAAUACAUUUGUACUUGAGGUGAGAUUCAAAAGUGUGAGUAGGUCCGUAUCAUGUUACUUGUUGGAGAAGUACUUAAUGUUUUUUUAAAUGUUUUCAUUGGAAAAGGACAGCUUUGAUAAUAUCCAAAUACUCUGAAAUGCACUAGACCAUGUAACUGUGAUGGAAUAUGAAAUUCAUCUGUAAGCUUUUGUACCAAGGGGUUAAAAAACUAAGAUAUUUGAUUAAAUUAUGAAUAAGUUUUACAAAUUCCUUUCAGAGUUUUCUAAGAUCACUUAAAUAACAGCUUUCUUAUUCAAUGAAAAAGAUACUUUGUGAUUUUUUUAUUUGUACUUGUAGAACCUGUUACCAUUAAACAGAAACAGUGGAAACUCCUAAGAGGAGGCUGUAAGUUUGUGUUGGCUGAGGAGUUCUGUUCGGUUUGAUUUGUUUUGCUUUAUUGUGUUCUACUGGCAUGAGUAAGAGUGUUACUUGACAGUCCUUUCCUCAGAGUAACAACAUAGCUUUGUGUAGUCAGGCUUUUUUUAAUAUUAAUAAAUGAAGGUAACAAAAUAUUUCAAUAACUUAAGUCCCCCAAUUUCAGCUAUAACGAGAUUAGCCUGUUCCUUGCUCCUAAAAUAAGAAUUGUUUCAAUUACUUUUAUCUAUUUUUUUAGUCAAAUGGUAAUCAUGUCACUGUCUCCUGUGAGUCGGUCCAUUAUUCAUUUUAUGGCAGAAUAUUCAUUUUGAUAAGGUAAAGAAAUAAUAAAGCAAGCUAGGUCCUUCAGGUUUGAAAGGUAGUUCUUAAAUAGCAUAUUACCAACUAACCAAUAUUUAGGAAAUUAUUUUUAUACUUUGUGUAUUAAAACUUCUUUUCCAUUACACUGACAUGCAUUAUUUUGUUGAUCAAGAAUUGUGUUUUCAUUGGGAGGUUUAACAUUAAAGCAAUUUGUUGAAAUGUCAGUAUCUUUUCUCAUAAUUUUAUAAUUGUAGUGUAAGAUAGCUUAUAUGUUAAACUUCCACUUUUAUGCAUUGUUUUUUAAAAUAUUAAUUCAAGGGGUACUGAGGGUUUAUAAAACCCUUUUCACUGUCACAUGAAAAACACUAGCAAAUAUAAACUAUAGUGUUGUAUAUGCUUGGGGGUUAGAGAUUUUGUGGGGGUGUCUUUAUAGGUGAGGAUUCGUGUACAUAUUUUCUGCUUUUUUAUGGGAGAUUUUGGUGUUGGUAUUAAGAAAAUGUUCUUUUCAAAUGUGUUUGACAUUUUGACAUGAAUGCUAACUUUGAUAUGUAGCCAUCCUUUCAAAGCAAUGGGUAGCUGUUUGUAAAUGUUAUGUAAUUAAGUUUUUUGGUCAUCAAAGCUAGUAACCACUUCUCACUCUAAAUAUGCACUGUCUGUGAUAUUACUCUGGUUUUAACCCUGUCAAGCAUGGAAUUUAACAUCUUAGCUUUUUUGUUGUUGUUCUGGGAGGUUGACUCCAGGGAGCACUAGGAUAUAUCCCCGUCUCCAGUCCUUUAGGACUGGAAGGUUGGGGGCAGUUCUUUGUUGUUAAUCUUGAGACAGUGUCUCAUUAAAUUGCCCUGUCUGACUUCAAAAUUUAGAUCCUCCAACCUUAACUAUUCUUGUUAAAAUAUUAUGUUCAGAUUUAAAGAACCUAAAAAUUAUGUAAGAGCUCUCAAUUUAAACCCAAGAUCUGAGAUUUUAAAACGCAACAUGAUCUUUUUCAUUCCUGAUAAAAAUGUUAAGUAAAAUAUAAAAGUUUUUUCAUAAAUUAUGUGCUAUUUACAUGGUGCUUUUUGACAUGUAGAGUAAGUCUAGGAGCUAAUAUUAAAUCAUUAAGAACAGAGGUGUUUUGGAAGUAUUUAAGUAUGUCUAAUCAAAUGGAUUAGGGUAAGAUUUAAGACAGAAAGAAAAGAAGCCACCACAAGAAGUAAUUUCAUUUUCAAAGCAGGGAAAUUAAGGGCUUGAAGGAAACCUUAGAAACUUAAAAAAACUGGUAUUUUAAAUUUUGUUCUAGAACCAAGUUUAACAUGAUGAUUCUGAAGCGCUGGGACCUAGAAAUCUUGAUUUCUUCAUUUCAGUUUCAUUUCCCCACAAUAUGAGAACAUAAUGAUUCAGAUGAGAUAAACUAGAAUUAUUCAAAACUUUUAUUUAGGUAGUAAGAAAAAAGCUUAUAUAUCAUGGCUUUUCCAAUAGAAAAACACCUUGUGAACAUGUAUAGUUUUUAAAUUCAUAGUAAUUCUCAAGCACAAUAGGUUGCUUAAUAACCUGUGUUACUAUAUAACAUAGUCCUAUAGAAGAAAAUAAAACAAUGACUUUACCUCAUUUUGAAUAGAAUAUACUCAAAUGAUAAAUAAGUUUUAUGUUCUCAUUUACUUUUAGGAUUACUGUUACAUUAACAUUUUGGGAAAUACUGCUUUUAAAAUAGUCGUAAGAAAAAUAAAUUCAUUUCCUGGAUAAUAGCUUUGUAAAUAUUUCCAAGAUAUAACUACUAAAACAAAAAACUAAUAUCACCCUUUCUUAUCAGUUGAACUUUUUUAGAAUUCCAUUUAUUAAAAUCAUUUUAUUAUUUAAUUAGGUAACUAUUUUAUAAGUUAAGUGAGGCAGUUUGCUAACAAACAGUAUGUAGCAUUAUUCCUUUGGAAUCUCUUUUGCUUUCUGUAACUUGCUGUGUGAUUGUAUACAACCAAUUUAACAUACGUAAUUCAGUUUUACUAUUUUCAAAAAGUAAAUACUUGGAUUAGAGAAGAAUCAGUGGUUUGACAUUUAAAAAUUGAAACUGGGAAGAAGGCUUGCAGGUUAGGUCUCUUUAAUUAAAAAGUCUUAUAAUUGGAUAUGAGUUUUAAAAGAUUAAAAGUUUUAGAAAAAUUGCUCUGUUUUUUAAAACAUUCCUGUUCAAUGUGCUGAAAUGUAAAAGAAAACUUGUCACAAAGUACUGACUAAGAAGUUAUUAUUACUGUCUGUUAAAAAGAAGUAUUCUAAGAGCUUCAUAGAAAGAUCUAGAAAAACUAAAACUCUGAUACUCUAUAGAGGAAGAGAUACUGUUCA